AAACUUACAUUCAAUUGUUAAUUCGUUUUUAUUUAUACGUCUAUGUACAAGAAACGUUAUUACUUGUCUGAUAGGAUGGUGUUUGAUAAUAAACAACAUGAAAUUUAACAACCCCAAAUUAGACAGAGAUGGAUCUGAUAAAGAUGAAGCACGUCUGUUUAAAGUAUUCACUGGACUAAAAUUCAAUGUUAAGUCAGAAAAGGAUAAAAGUAAAACACAGAUGUUAUCAAUUUUGGAGGACUAUGCUAAAAUGGAUCACAAUCAAAUGGAUUGCUUUGUCUGCUGUAUCUUAUCGCAUGGAAAAGAAGACGAAGUUGUUUGUUGUGACACUGAGUGUGCUACGAUUGAAAAAAUUACUAGCUUUUUUCGAGCGACAAAUUGCAAAAAGCUUGCAGGAAAACCAAAACUCUUUUUCUUUCAAGCGUGUCAGGGGAGUAAACGUAUGGGUGGGUGGCAAGUAGACGGUGACGGGAACAGGACAUUUAAAGAAGGAUCGAUUCCAGAUGAAGCUGAUUUUCUACUCGGUUUCUCUACAACUUCUGGAUACGUGUCUUUCAGAAAGAAAGAAGGAUCGGCCUAUAUUCAAACGCUGUGCGAACAAUUACAAAAACAUGCACACCAGUACGACCUUUUAACAAUAAUGACAGAAGUGCAUAGAAUAGUUGCCGAGGAAGUCUUCGAGGAGGAAAAUCAUAAACAAAUGCCUACUACACUUAAUCGGCUAAGAAAACAACUUUAUUUUAAUGUAAAACAACUCAAAGAUUAAUGAAAUAGAUAAAGGAAACCUUACGCUGAACGAUAGUCAAGACGAUUUGUUUGCUAUGUUAUGUGUCCGUUAACUUUUUUAUGUAUUCAAUAGUUUAUCAGUCUCGUCGAGCAUGUUCUCGUUUCUUGACUAUUUUGAUUCUUUUUUAAUUCAAACGUUUAUGUUGUGUAUUUUUUGUGGUGUUGUUAUUCUUUUGACAAACAAUUCGCGGAAAAUAGUUUGGCUCAAAUAAACAUGUCAGAGUCAAAAGAUAAUUUUUACACGUUAGCACUUUUCAAAGACUGUUGAUAGUGGACAGAUCCAUUUGUAUUCGUUCACUGUAGAUAAAUAUUUCAAAAACAUAGUUUGGAUAAGUUAAACUAGUUUCGUUAUCAGGUAUUUGUGUCAAAUUUUCUUGACAUUGAACUUAAUACAUCACGAAUUCACGAUUUCAACUUCAUGAAUUCAUGAUUAUAAUUUCACGAAUUCAACUUUGUGAAUUAACGAUUUUACUUCACGAAUUAACGAUUUCAACUUCAGUAAUUCACGAUUUCAAUUUCACGAAUUCACGUUUUCAACUUCAUGAAUUCAACUUUGGGAAUUCACGAUUUCAACUUGACGAACUCAUGACUGCAACUUAACAAAUUAACGAUUUCAACUUCAUGAAUUCAACUUCGCGAAUUCAUGAUUUCAACUUGAGGAACUCAUGACUGCAACUUAACGUAUUCACGAUUUCAACUUCAUGAAAUGCGCUGACCUUGUUUCUGUUUUUAUGUUAUUUAUUUUUGUACAUUGUUUACACAUUUAAGAAGAACGUCCCUUAGAAUUAUAUUGAAAUGCAUGGAAAACAUUUGGCAAUUUAAAGCAGCAUAGAUACAAAAGAAAUAAUUAAACAUGGACUUGAUGCCGUCUUAAUUUCUUUAUUUAUGUAAAUAUAUUUAAAACAAUUCCAUUUAACAAAAUUUUGUCUUUUUGCAGAUUCAUAAUUAUGUUUAUUCAAUUGUAGUCUUAUAUAUUAAAUACACAUUUUGCAUUUCCUGUUGAUCUCUUCAAAGUUAUACAAUCAUAGACAUGGGUAUAAAAUAACUCUGCCCCUGAAGUCUUUAAUCCUUUACGUUGAUUUAUUUAGAAAACUUCAGCUUCACAUGUUCUGUUCUUGAAAUAACUUUGCUCAGGACUUACAUAUAUAGUAUGCAGAGUAGCAUUAAUGUCUUAUACAGAGGUUAUGUGUUAAUUGUAUAUCAUAUCUCUCAAUUUAGAAUAAGGUCAAUUUUUACAUAUACCUAAGAAAACACAUUUAUGUCAUCCGGUGCUUAUCUACAUGGAUGAUAUGUUCAUAAUUUAUAGUAUGUAUUUAACUUACUUACAUUGAUUAAGAAUGUCCUUUCGUGACCCGUGAGGGACGUGAAUGGCCUUCCAAUGACAUUUACUUAUUAUAAUUUUCAGUCCAGUCAAAAUAUGUGUGAUGGUCGUAGUUUAAAAUCCCUUGUGUUUCGUUUUCGCCCUAAGGUUAACUACAUCAUGCUAAAUAUAUUUCCGAUCUUCCCAGGAAGAUUAUCUAUCAUGCUGACAUGCCUGGCAAACUGUCGCUCCACUUCAAAAUUGUGGUG